AUGGCGUUAACACCGGCAGAAAAACAACGGCGUUAUAGGGAAAAAUUGAAACAGGACCCUGUGAAACUUGCUGAGGCUAAAAGUAAACAUCUUCAGAGAUAUCAUGCUACUAAAAAACUUGUGAAGGAUAUGACAGAGAGAGAACAUAGAUCUGCAAAGCGUAAAUGGAAGAUGGCAAACAGGAAACGCCGAGAACGCCAGAAAAGUGUGCAAGUUAUUCUAGAUAUAACACCGGCUUCAACACCACGAUCAGGAACUCCGGUUUCUCCAAGUUCCAGAGGAAGAAGGAAAGUAAGACGAGACAGAUCUGCAUUAUACAGACAAAAUAAGAAAUUGGAGGAAGAAAACGAGAAAUUGAAAAGAAAAUGUAACAAGUACAAGAAAAGAUAUCAAAGACAAAAAGGGAAAAAUUCAGAAAAUGGACACAAAAAAUAUAUAGCUUUGUCUAACGCUAUUAAAAACCAUUACUCCAGAAUAAAGAAACUUAAAGAACGUUUAGCUAUCAGGCGUAUUUUUGACGAAGAUAUCAUAAAAGAUUCCAGGCUGAAAACCUCCAUUGUUCAAGAAACUCUUGGUAUCAAUAAGUUAAAAAAUAGGCAGACAAUACCUAAACAAGCUACUCUGAUAAAAAAGAUUCGUCAAUUUUUUGAUCGUGAUGAUGUUUCUAGGAUAACCGCUGGGAAACGAGAAACCGUGACUUACAAAAAAAAUAAGGCGCAAAAGAGGUAUCUGCUUGAUACAAUGAAGAAUCUUUUUAUUUCUUUCAAAAAAGAGAACCCUAUCGAGUGUUGCUCAUACUCUUACUUCACCAAGCAUAGACCAUUCUACGUAAAACCUCCAGCAGUUGAUGGCAGAGAUACAUGUCAAUGUAAAACGCAUACCAAUACACAAUAUAUGCUAAAUGCACUUUACCGCAAUAAAAUUAUAGCAGAGUCAAACAUGACUCAAAUUGUUGAGAAAAGUGUGUGUGCUACUGAUAACGAACUAUGCAUGACAGGUGAAUGCGAAUCCUGUAACACGAACGCAACAUUAUCUUUCAAUACGGAGAAUCAGUCCCGAAUAGUAAAAUAUCAACAAUGGGUUCGACGGUCUGAAGUUAUUGACAAAUCUGGCAAGAAAGUCAAAAUCACAAAAAGCAUAAAAGAAAUUAUCACAAGUUCUGUUGCAGAAUUGAUAGAAAAAUUUAAAUUGGCUAUACAAGUAUUGAAGAAACAUAUUUAUAAUAUUAAAAUGCAAUAUAGAAGUUACCGGCUCGCAAUAGAUGAUCUUAAAAAUGACGAAGCUCUCCUGCAUGUAGAUUUUAGUGAAAAUUAUAAUGGAAAAUAUUUUGAAGAAAUCCAGCAUCACCAUUUUGGUGGAUCGCGCCAGCAAAUUACUUUGCAUACAGGUGUCUUGUAUAUAAAACGAAAGGAAGCAGAAAAGGCACAAGUUACUUCUUUUUGCAGUGUAUCACCGAAUAACUCUCAUAAUCCUGCAUCCAUUUGGGCACACCUCCAUCCAGUUAUCAGCACAUUAAAGGUUAAUCAUCCACACAUAAAAACAAUUCAUGUUUUUUCCGAUGGUCCAGCUACGCAGUACAGGCAGAAGGUAAAUUUUUAUUUUAUCUGUUCGAAAACAUUUGUCGAUUAUGGCUUUGAUCGCAUAACCUGGAACUUUUUCGAAGCUGGUCAUGGUAAGGGUGCGGCUGAUGGUGUCGGUGGCUAUUUAAAACGCACAGCUGACCAAAAAGUAGCUACUGGCUUUGACAUUCCUGACGCGGAGACUUUCUUUCAUACUUUGAAAGACUCUAGCAAAAUUCAGUUGUAUUACAUCACUAACGACGACAUUCAAAAGGUAGAGCAGGCUAUUCCCCACGGCUUAAUUCCUCUCCGCGGUACAAUGCAGGUCCAUCAAGUUUUCUCAGACACUCCUGGCUUAUUGCAGUAUCGUGAUCUUAGUUGCUUCUGCCAAAGGGGCUUUUGCGCUUGCUUUUCACCUCAAACAUAUCAGCCACUUCCUGUUUCUACCAGCCCCAUUAGCCCAACAAAAAUAAGCAAUAAUUUAGAAAUUCCCUUUGAUUUAAUUCCAGAAAGAGACAGCUUAGAAUAUAUGAACGAACUAGAAGUAUUAACUGACAUAUCUAAUAUUGUAGACAAUCCUAAGAAAUUUUAUUACGAAUCGGUUUAUUCUCCAAUUUCGAGUUCAGAUGAUGAACUUCUUUCACAGCUUAAAAUACAACAAGAGGCUUCAGUAUCUAAUACACAUGAUAGAAACUUGAUUGAAAAAGAAAAUGUGCAUCCGACUAAAAUAUUUUCCGGUGUUUAUGUUAUUGUUAAAGUUUCUUCAGACAAAGACAAAUUGUACUAUUAGGGUGUUUGCCAAAGCAAUGUCGAUGACGAAGGAGAGAUUAAAGUUAUGUUUCUAAAAGCAGUUGACGAUUCCGGUAAAAGGUUCAAGCUUGUUGAAAGGGAUGUUUCGUACGAACCAUAUGAUAAUAUUGUUGAGAUUGUUCCUAAUCCUAAAAUAAUUAAGAAAGGUAAACGUGUGUAUUACGAAUUUGAUGUUCCAUUAAAUAUAUUUGAGAAAUAA